GAAACCAGAUCGUUAGCUUCAGGAAAUCAGUUGGUGAAAAAAAGCUUUCCUUUCUGUGAUCAAACCUCCGUAGCACAGAGUCAAACAUACAGUGGGACAGCAACAAACUAUCGCCAAUGGACCGUCGGAUUAUAAUAUUCAAUCUGCGGUGUGUCCGUCGAUAGUACGCCCGGGUGCCGAGGCGCCGGGCCGGGCCGGAACCAGAACCAGGCCCGGACAGACGGACAUAAUCAGCGCUGCGUUUUGCGACACCGGCGGGCUGCUGUGUGUGUGCAGGAAUUUGCAUGCUGUCUGUAGGGGAAGUGUAAUAUGUAUCACCGUGACUAGCUGUCUGUAGCUAGACGAUGAGUCCCUUGUGCUUGUGUUUUAUCAGAUGCGAUGUAAAGGCUUGAGGCUCGAGCAUGGGACAUCGUGAAUUCAGACAGAAGCGAGCUAGCUUUAACGCGAGCUAACACCAGAGUUUAACGGACAUCAACUUUUAGUAGCGAGGCGACCUAGGAAAACCAACGAGUAUGAUCACUUCACCUGGGUUUAUGUGAAGGAAGGAGUUAUUUUAUAUUAUCAGUUCGCUUGUUAGCUCUUUAAAAGGCCUGAUAAAUGUUUCUGGAGCGAGUAUAGCGGUGUAGCUAAGUCGUUAGCUGCUAAGUUAGCCUGCUGCCUCGACCGCCCCGAUGAAAGAAUACAAAGUGGUCGUGCUGGGCAGCGGCGGCGUCGGCAAGUCCGCGCUGACCGUCCAGUUUGUCACCGGCACCUUCAUCGAGAAAUACGACCCGACCAUCGAGGACUUUUACCGCAAGGAGAUCGAGGUGGACUCGUCUCCCUCCGUGCUGGAGAUCCUCGACACGGCAGGGACAGAGCAGUUCGCCUCCAUGAGAGACCUGUACAUAAAGAACGGGCAGGGGUUCAUCCUGGUGUACAGCCUGGUCAACCAGCAGUCUUUCCAGGACAUCAGACCAAUGCGAGACCAAAUAGUGCGAGUUAAGCGCUUCGAGAAGGUGCCGUUGAUCCUGGUCGGCAACAAAGUCGACCUGGAAUCUGAGCGUGAGGUGGCUGGGUCAGAUGGACGAGCUCUGGCUCAAGAGUGGGGCUGCCCUUUUAUCGAAACUUCUGCCAAGAGCAAGACUAUGGUGGACGAGCUGUUCGCAGAAAUCGUCCGACAGAUGAAUUAUUCCACGCUGCCGGAGAAGCAGGAACAGUGCUGCACAGCCUGUGUGGUACAGUGAGGAAGAGAGAUGCAUCAUUUGUCUGGAUCAUCACAAGGAUUUUGAUGAACCUGGGGACAAACUGACAAACCUUACCGCAGCUGGUAACGUUUCUGUUCAAUGUGGUUUCUGACUGUCUAUCACAGAGCAUCUGACAGGAACGACGUCGGUCCUAUUUUUGAUAUCAUAACUGUUAAAAGACGUUUCUGCUGCAACCUUAACGGCCUUUGCGAUGACCCAGGAUGGAGUCAGACAGACGGACUUGUAAUGAGCGAGAACGGCCAUCUGUGAAUUUCAGUCUUUUUUUUUUCUCUCCUUUUAGUCGGAAGUAUACCUGAAAUAAUAAGCAGGAGUGUUUGUGAGGUUGCAGCUUCUUUUUAAAGCUGCUGUAAUCACUAUUAUAUACUUUAUUAUUACUUGUAUUAUGUCUCAAGUUUGGAAUUUGACAAAGUAUUUCAUAAUAUCAAAAACAUUUGGACUUUUAAGCAUGCAUACUUCGACCAGUUUGCUGCCCAGGUAUGCUGCUCGCUUUAUUUUGAAAAUCUUGUCUAAAAUAGCUCUUCUAACAGACACAAACUACAGCAGCGUGUACAAUGAGUUUUUUUUAGCUUCAGGAAACUUGGACAGGAUGUACAACUUUGUGGAUUAAACCUGUAACAUCAAACUGUACCUUUUUAUUAUCACAGUAGCCUGAAGCGGCAAAACUCAUCUGAAAACAUGCAUGCUCAAAAUUGAAAAUGUUCUACUAAAUCAACUUGAAGUGAUAAGAAAGAGCCAUUUUACUGUUUUUGGCCUGAAUUCUGUCAAAGUCUUUACAAGGCAUGGAUCACGUGGACGCAGGUCUUCCAUUUUCACUUUUCUCGAGGAGUCUCUGUGGGAGAAUGAUUUUGGACGACCAAAGGAAGCUCACAGUGCAUAUUUGUGUUUGACUACAUGGCGUGUGUUGCUUUAAAUUUAGGAGAUGCUGAUUUCUUGUCAUCAAAUAACUCCCGCUGCAAUGUGGUUUGAUAAAAGUUCUGGCACAGUUAAUCAGAUUUAACUUUGUAUUUUUCUUUUUCUUAUAGUAACCUAUUUAUUAAAAACUAAUGACAUGGGUAGCCAGUUUUAAACUUUUAAUUUUAUACUAGUUUUCUUCGCUUUUUGUGACUUUUCACAUGGUACAUUGUUUUAUUUUUAAAGCUGAGGAUUUAACAGAGCCUUAAAUAAUUUCUGUUGCACCCUGGUCUCAUGUUUCUUUCUUUUUUGCUUCUCAAAAAUAUAAAAUAAGUUGUCAUUUGGUGAUAAA